AUGCCUUCACUUUUCGAAUCGGCUGAAACAGCACCUACCAUAGCGGAUUUCGUGAAAAUACCUCUAUUUCUGCUAAGUCUGAAUGGUGAGAAACUUUUCAAAUGGACACCAGAUGAGCCACCAUCACGAAAACAAAAAAUACUCCUGCGCAAUUGCUGCAUGAUUAUAUUGUUUAAUGUUAUUGCCAUGAUACUGUUUUUCUUCUUCGGCCACUUGGAAAGUGCUUUAGAUUACACUGCGCUCACCAUCUAUUGGGGAUUUGCACUAAAUUCUUUCAUGAAGGGUGGUACAUUGUGGGUCGGACGACAUAAAUUGGAAUUCGUAAUUAAAGGCUUAAUGGCAAGGCAUCCGAAGACGCCAGAGCAACGUCAUGCCUUUCGCUUGGUGCCUUACUAUCAGAAAAUUAUUGCCUACAACAAAUAUUUGACAAUCUGGCAUCUCGGUACGACGAGUCUGUUCAAUUUACAUCCGAUCGUCUCAUCGACUGUGGAGUACAUAUGGCGUAAGGAUAAGGAGCAGGGAUUCAAUUAUAGAUUUCCCUUCAUGAUGUGGUAUUAUUACGACGAGAAGAAGCCAAUUUUCUACUUAUUUUCAUAUUUAAUGCAAUGCUGUGGCUCAUAUUGUGUCUCGUUCUUGUUUUUGGGUGCCGAUUUGUUACUAAUAACUCUCGUACACGUUGUCAAUAUGCAUUUUGAGUAUCUGGGCAGAUAUAUUGAGGAAUUUCAGCCAAGCGGCACAGACGAGGAUAUAGAAGUACUGGAACCAUUGGUGACAUAUCACCUCGACAUACUGGGCUACGCCGAGCGCAUAGAUUCCACCUUUAGUCUAUCGAUCCUUCUGAACUAUAUGGGUUCCUGCAUGGUGCUUUGUCUCAUAGGAGUUCAAUUGGUUGGCGGCACAGAGUUCUUGAGCAUCGUAAAAUUUCUAGCUUUUCUCAUCGCAACUAUGGUGCACGUGUACUUCAUCUCCUACUUUGGCAACAAUCUCAUUGAUUUGAGUUCUGGCAUAAGUGAUGCAUUUUACAAUCAUGCCUGGUACAAAGCAAACUACAAAUAUAUGCGAUUGCUGGUGUUGCCCAUAGCACGCGCUCAGCGUUAUGCACAUUUGACGGCUUUUCAAUUCUUUGAGAUCUCAAUGAAUAGUUUCAAAUCGCUCUGUACCACCUCUUAUCAAUUCUUCACACUCCUGCGGACUAGCUUGGAAGAAAAACCCAACUAA